CGGAGUCUCCGAGGACGCUCGCGGGAGCCAUGGCGGCGGCCGAGGAGCCCAGCUGGGGGGACGAAGUGGAGGAGGACGAGGACGAGGACCAGGAGGAGGAGGACGAGGAGGAGGAACAGGAGGACGAGGAGGAGGAGGACGACGACGACGAGGAGGAGGAGGAGCAGUUUGUUCUGGUGGAAUUGUCGGGAAUUAUCGAUUCGGAUUUUCUCUCAAAAUGUGAAAAUAAAUGCAAGAUUUUGGGAAUUGAUACUGAGAGGCCUAUUCUGCAAGUGGACAGCUAUGUCUUUGCUGGGGAAUAUGAAGAUACUCUUGGGACCUCUGUUAUAUUUGAAGAAAAUAUUGAACAUGUGGAUGCUGAGGGCACUGAUAAAACAAUGCUGAAAUACAAGUGCCAUACCAUGAAGAAACUUAGCAUGACCAGAACUCUGCUGACAGAAAAGAAGGAAGGAGAGGAAAACAUAGAUGGGGUAGAAUGGCUGCAAUUGAAGGAUAAUGACUUCGCCUAUAGACCCACCAUGAUUUGUAGCUUUAUGCAUGAAGAUGAAGUUGCAGCAGCAGCCUCUGGUAAACCUUUGGAAUUGGAGGCCCAAGAGAGUCAAAUGAAAGACCGUGAAAGUGUGAGCUAUGCAGAGGAGCAAUCCCUGCACUUGGAACCAGAGGAGUCUAUUUCUUCUAUUGACACCCCUUCUGAGGCAGGAAGAGCCGUUUUUAUGGAAACUGAAGAUGCUGCCUUUGAAAUCACUCCUAGAUGAAAUAUUUCUUGGUAUAACUAGUUGUGAACUUUAAGGGGAUAUGUAAGAAUUUACUGUGUUACAUAGUUGGCUCACUAUUUUAUUGUUAUUGUUGGCUAUACACGGAUUUCCAUUUAUAGCACAACUUAGUAUACUAGAAUUAUUCAGGACCAACCAUAAAUUAAAAUUUUUAAAAUAUGUCUUAAA